AUGGCUUCUAGUGCUCCCCAGAUGACCACCGUCCCAGAGCUCUCAGCAGUCGUCUCGUCUGCUCCCUCGGCACGGCCAGUGCUCAAUACCACGCUCGAUGAAAAGCGGCCACUGUCGACGGCGACGGAUGCCUCGUCGGUCCUUUCUAGCGUCGACUCGCCCAAGGGAGAUCUUGUCCCACUCCCCUCGUCUUCUACGACGUCCACAUCGCCAAAGCACAGAAAACACCGUCACCAUCACCAUCAUCAUCACCACCACCGCCGACAUUCGCAUCGGCAUCAACCCAAAGACGUCGCUGUCAAUGAAAAGAAUGAUGGUCAGCUCCUUUCGCCCGUCGACACUGUAAAGUCGCAUCCAUCCGAAGUCAUGACUCUCCCAAAUUCGUCUGCACUCGCCCUGGAUCUCGAAGACCCCCAGAAUCAACCAAACCUGUACGAGACCAUGCCCACUGCGCAACCCAAAACACCCAGUUUCCUCCAACGACACUUGUUUAUCAUUAUGAUGAUUCUCUGCGGGGUCGUCAUUCUCUCUGUGGUCCUUGGCGUCGUCCUCCAUGCCGUCCUCUCCUCGAGGAGGAGCGAUUUCGUCUCAACAGGAGUAUCCGUUCAUACUUCGGAUAGUCUCACUUUCGUGUCGAUUGCACUCAACACGGGCUCGACCACACCUCCUGUGCCCACCUCUUCCGCUCAGUAA